UCACUGUACAUAUUUACAAACAAAACCUUUUAGGUGUGAACAAACAAAGGAAUUACAUGUGGCUCGUUACGCUUAUCCUUCCGGUUAGUGUUUUUGUUAGCAAUUCAUCCUAAAUACCUCUGGUUUGUUGGCGGAACAGUAACAACAACGACAACGAACUGCUGGUGCAGCUACUGCUUUGUGUUGCGUGCUGAUUUACCACCCCUUCCCCCUGGCUCUAUUCAACGGUAAUUGAAGCCCGCAUGUACACACACAUCGUAAGAGUGUGAGGCUAACAGUAUGAGGAGAAACUUCUAACAUCGAAGACGAUACGGGUGCGUGCCCUUCACCGUUCACCAGCGCAGCGCACAUCAACAUCAUCAGGGAAGUGUUGGUGGUGGUGGUUGUUGGUGGGUGUUUUGUUUCUUAUCAGCAAUCAUAAUCGCAACGCUUAGAGCAUCGCGACUGGCAACACCCGAGACACACUGGGCAGGAAGAACAUCUGUCUCGCGACGCAGCUUCCAGUCUUUGUUGCGAAUCGAACCAUUCGGGACGGACGAGCGGACGAGUGUGUAGUGUAGCGAUGUGUUGCGUGCUCUGCGAAGCCCCGUAAAGCCACCGCUACGACCCCCAUCCGAACGAGCGACCGAUGACUAAUACAGGGCGCACCAGAGAGUAGCAGCAAAGCAGUGGAGUAGCAGAGUGAGUGAAGUGAGAUGGAUUUUGCAACCAACGUGCGGCCGCUGCUGCAGGACACGGACGACCGGGAGACGGAGAGCGACACCUUCCUGGACGAUGCGUACGCGGGCUCGAUCAACGCGUCCACCAGCAACCUGCCCGACCCGGACAAGGAGACGGCGGUGGAGACGCGCAUGGCGGCGGCCGGCCACCGGAUCGCACCGUCCGACAAGUUCCACUACACGUACGCCGUGUUCUAUCUGAUGGGCAUGACGACGAUGGUGCCGUGGAACUUUUUCGUCACCGCCGAGGAGUACUGGCAGUACAAGUUCCGGAACGUGUCGUCGAACGAUACGUCCGCGCUGACGCCCCGGCAGCUCGAGUUCCAGUCCGACCUGAGCAUUGCGGCGGCCGUCCCGGGCACGGUGUUUCUCAUACUGAACGCCUGCGCCGGCCACAAGGUGCCGCUGCACGUGCGCAUGAACGGAUCGCUCGUGCUGAUGCUGCUGAUCAUGAUCGGCACGACGGCGCUGGUGCGCGUCGACACGGACCAGUGGCAGGAUGCGUUCUUUAACCUCACGAUGCUAUCCGUCGUCGUGAUUAACAGUUUCUCGGCCAUUCUCACCGGCGGCCUUUUUGGCAUCGCGGGACAGUUCAGUGCUCACUAUAUGACGGCAGCCGUUAGUGGGCAGGCGCUGGGUGGCAUCUUUUCCGCGGUCGCCGACAUUAUAGCGCUCACCUUUGCCAGCAAUCCGUCCACCACCGCGUUCGUGUUCUUCAUCGUGGGCUGCGCAGUGUUGCUGCUGUCGCUCUUCGCCUACAUCGUCAUGUCGAAAACGCUCUUCUUCAAGUACUACACCAGCUCCAAGACGCUGAUGAAAAGCUCGCUCGAGGCGGACCCAGCCGCCAGGGCCGUCUGUGCCCGGCUCGAGCCGCGCUUCCCCGUCGUACUGCGCAAGAUAUGGAUUUACGGCUUUUCCGAGUGGUUGGUGUUCGUGACGACGCUGUCGAUCUAUCCUGCCGUGACGGUGCUGGUCGGCUCGCAGCACCACGGUCGGCCGUGGAACGAUGUGUACUUCCUGCCCGUCGUGAACUAUCUCCUAUUCAAUACCGGCGACUAUUUGGGGCGCGUCUUUGCCGGCUUGUUCGAGUGGCCAUGGAACAAUUCCAUCCUGAUCGGUGUACUUACGAUCGCGCGUAUCGCAUUCGUGCCGGCGAUGCUGCUCUGCAACAUUACCCAGCAUCACAACUUCCCGGUGCUGUUCCACUCGGACUACAUCUUCAUCGUGCUGAUGGCCGCCUUCGCCCUGUCGAACGGCUACCUUGCCAACAUUGCACUGAUCGGUGCGCCCCGCGCUGUGGACGGGCACGAGAAGGAGAUGGCGUCCUCGAUGAUGGCCGCCUUUCUCGGCAUCGGGCUCGCGUGCGGUUCGGCCAUUAGCUUAAUGAUCAUCGAAAUGAUCAAGUGAUACACAGACUUUCCUUAGACCAAAACGGGGUUCGAUCCUCAGCGAAAGCAGAAGAAAAAAAGAGGAAACGACGAAACGAGUUCCUAUUGGGAUUCGUUCGAAAGCGUCCCCCACGACAUAGCCUCCAAUGAUGAACUGUUAUACACUCACCUCUACCCACUGUUAUAUUAGAUGCGAAGGUGAAUUACUUGUUUGUUAAAAGUGAACUGAGCGUAAUUUAGGAAAUUAUUGAAAGGUGAGCAAUGAGAGAAGGGGGAUCGUACUGCAUUAUCAUGCGAGAAGAAUUUAUAUAGUGACAAUUUUAUGUUCUUUGUUUUCUGUUUCAUCGUUUAACCACAGCAGAGUGGAUUUGGUACGAAAAUAGCCAGGCUAAGAUAGAGAUUGAAACGGUGCGGUGAAGGAAAGAUUAGCACAUUAUACACAUACGCAAAGCAUAUAUAAAUGAAGAAGUGUAAGAUAUACUUAUUUAUACUGUCCAUAUAUUAACCAUCGCAGGGACGUGAUCGCACGGUUCAUCACGGUGCUGAAAAGCCCCAGGUUCAGUAGCGAUCAAGUGCGAUCGUCGGAGGCAUUUGCAACGAUAAAGGGAAAAAACAAGCAUAUACAAACACAAAUAAUCAAAGUAGAAACGGAUAAUACACAUAAGAGCGUGACGCAAUAAAUGGAACGCAAAUACACGAAAACAA